AUGCCAUACAAAGGAUCAAGGCGAGAAUGCAAACUGCUGAAAGUCGACAGUUAUGCGGAUAAUACAAUUAAAGAGUUAAAGUUUGGCAUCGGCGACCAAGUUUUUCUCCAUGUGGCGCCGGUGAAAGGAGUCAUACGUUUUGGUAAGAAGGGAAAGCUUAACCCAAGGUAUAUUGGACCUUUCGAGGUCUUGGAAUGCAAUGGUCCAGUAGCUUAUAGAUUGGCCUUGCCUCCAUCGUUGGCUGCGGUGCAUAAUGUGUUUUAUGUGUCCAUGUUGAAGAAGUAUGUCCAUGACCCUUCCCACCUUUUGAAUCUGAAACCGUUGCAAUUGGAUAAAGCUUUGUACUAUGAAGAAAUACUUGUUGAGAUUUUGGCAAGGAAAACCAAGAAGCUGAGGAAUCAGGCAAUUGAUUUAGUGAAGGUUCUAUGGAGAAAUCACCAGGUUGAAGAAGUUACUUGGGAAAGGGAAGAUGAGGUGAAAGCCAAGUACCCCGAGUUGUUUGCCUAG